AUGCGCAAAUCCAGCACGCUUUCCCUGGAAGCGAAAGUAGCCGCGGCGGCUGGAGCUGUGCUUCUCUCCAUGGCGAUCGCCAGGAAUCUAAUGUCUGAGCGCUUCGAUAUAAACGUCCGGGCGACUCUGUACCGAGUGCAAUUCCUGCUGUUCAUCAACUCAUUCAUGCUGCUGGGAUCGCUCUUCGUUUGGAGGAGGAUCGCCUCUGCGGUGAUUCUGGGGGCGAAGCCGCCUUCGCCCUGGCUCUAUCAGGCUUGGAGAGCCGGUGUGUUACUGUUCCUCCUCUUAACCCAUAGCAGCUUCUUGACAUUGUUUUAUCUGGUAGCCGAGGAACCGCACGCUUUGAGCCGGGUGAGCUACACCUGCCUGGGCGCAUACGUCAUCCUGCUCUUUCUUCUCUUAGCCCUGGAGUGCAUGGCGUUAUGCCGCAGGACCUUCAGCCGCGUACGCGCAAAGCUACGGUCGCCGGCAGGGACAGAAGCCACAGUGGCGGGGGCGCCCGGCGCCCUGGGCAGACAAGCGCUUCUGGCCGUCGCCUUGACCGUAACGCUUUGCACCUUCGGGCUCAUGAAUGCGUCCCUGCCCCCGCAGGUCGUGCGCUUGGACAUCACGCUGGACAAACUGCCCCGCUCCCUCGACGGCCUCAAGAUUGUUUUGCUGUCCGACAUCCAUCUCGGAUCAACUGUCGGCCGCUCCAGGCUGGACCUAAUAGUUUCUAUAGUGAACAGGCUGGAGGCAGAUCUGGUGGCCAUAACCGGCGACCUUGCCGACUCCCAAGUGUCACGACUCCUGAGUGCCUCCGAGCCGCUGCUGGGGAUGAAGUCCAAGCUGGGCUCGUACUUUGUCACAGGUAACCAUGACUACUAUACGGCCGAUGUGGAGGCGUGGUUUGCCCACCUGCGCGCUCUCAACAUCCAGGCCUUGCACAAUGACCACGCUCGCAUCUCUCAGCCCGGCCAGAAGAGUGACUGGCUCUGCCUCGCUGGAGUGGAUGACUUAGAGGCCCGUAUACUGAGGUACCCAGGACACGGGAUGAACGUGGCGAAGGCGCUGGAGGGAUGCUCCCCCGACAGGCCCAUCGUGCUCCUUGCACACCAGCCUCGGGCGGCCCGCUGGGCUCUGCAGGAGAGGCCUGACAUCGGUCUGGUGCUUUCAGUGCUGAGAGGAAGCCGGGGGGGUACAAGGUCCCUGUUGUCUCAGCCGAAGAAGCGGCGGGUUUGUUGCUGACGCUGUGUGUGCAUGUCUUUGGGAGGUGUUAUUUUUACGUGCCCAAACGGGGCCUUCCCCUUUAAAUUCCGACCUCCUUUCUCAUGACCAAACAUUUUAUUGGCCUUCCAUUUAAGUCUCCUGGAGGAUAUAAGUAGAGACAGUAAUGCGAUGAAGUUCCAAAAAUUGUUUUAUUAAGCAGUUUUUUUUUAAAAAGAAGUAAAAAUAUUGAACGUUCAAAUAAAGGAAGGAUCCACACUCUGUUCCUCUAACCCAGGGGUGGCCAAUCUUAUCCGCAGAGGGCCGCUGCGUGUGCAGGUUUUCGCUGCGACUCUCUAAUUAGAUUACUAAUUAGAGGACUGAUUGCCUGAAGAGUCCUCACACCUGGGUGUGAACAGCUGACCUACAAGUUGCCCCAAAAACCUGCGUACACACACCUUACACUGCGUACACACACACCGGCCCUUUGCAGGUAAGAUUGGCCUCCCCUACUCUAACCUAUCAUGGACGUUUAUGUUUGGUAAACAUACAUUUGCAACCAUGACACAGCCGUAAGCAAUCCUGAUCUUAUAGUGCAUGUUUCCAGAUGGUUUUCUGUCCUACCUGUUGAAUACUUACUCGCCUGAGAUCAGGUGUGGUUCGUCGGAGACCAAGUAGGCUAUAACAGAUAAGCUGAGGUGGAAAGUUCCGGUCCCGAAAGUACAAAUCCAGACCAAGGUUUUGUUUUAACCGACCAGUUCAACAUAAAGAAUCGCAGUCGGAGAGUACUCAGGUGGCUGGUUGAAGCAAAAUCCUACUCAGGAUUUAUACUUUCUGGACCUGAACUUUCCACCUCUGCACAUAAGUACCAGGUGCUCCAUAGUGUGUAAGUGCUGGAAAUGGAAACCAUCUUGUCAUGGUAAAAGCGUUUGUUUUACGUAAAAAUGAUCAGAAUGUAUUGGAAACGGUUGGAGCUGGCAGGGGUUAGAUGAUGCACUCAUGAUGUUGCCCCUUCUGGAACCUUCUCUGUCCCAGCAUUCCUCAGGGUUCUGUCACACCCCCGGUCUGGGGCUUGGAGCUAAUGGGCCAAGGCAUUCGCUCACUGCGUCUGCAGAAAAAAGCGUCCGUCUGCGUCUGUCUGCCAGCGGUCUGCAGAAAAUCUCCCUGAACAUGCAGCGGCUAAGUGAGAAUUCUCAGUGUUCUUACGGUGUCGCAAGCCGAUUGUUCCCUCAGCUUCUCGACUGCCCAUCUGCGCGUGAUUGCGAUUCAGACAAAGGCCCAGCGAUGUCCUGGAAACCACAUCCAGACCCUUACUGUGUUAAAAGGAAAAUGGAAAGUGUUGUAAAAAUCUUGAAAUGUGAUCUAAGAGUGUGCGCUGUGAGAUAAUCCCGUCUUUGGGCAGGUUUAGUUGAGUAACACAGGAAUGAAACACACAGGCAAUGCAGAUUUGCUGGUUUGCUGCCAUAAUACAGUAUUUUACUCUAUAGAACCUGUUGGUGCCAGAAUUUACAGGCUUGUUUAUAAUUCAAACAGACUCAUCAUUGUUUAGCAGCUUUUUUUCCACCAUAAAUAAAGUUGUUUGCAAGGCCGUCGUCCUGGAUUGCAGCCGGUGA